UCUCUCUGUUUCUAUCUCCACAACAGUAUAUCUAUUUUACUGUACUUUGUGCAUUUCUUCUACCUCUUCAAAGCUACAGCUUUUGAUAUAUAUCUCCUUGUACAUAUAUGAACUAGAGUUUCUUCAAUUUAGCUUCUCUCUCUCUCUCUCUCUCUCUCUGAUCAACACCAUAUCUUCACAGCUAGAGAGAGUAUGCCUGCAUGUCCAGAGAAAGGGACAGAUUUGAUGAGAUAGGGAAGAAAAUCAAGAGGGAAACAGACCAUGCCAACUCUCUAAUGGGAAGAAGACACAUGUUAGGACCACCAGGAACCCUAAACGCAAUCACUCCUUGUGCAGCUUGUAAGCUCUUGAGAAGAAGAUGUGCUCCAGAAUGUCCCUUCUCCCCAUAUUUCUCUCCCCAUGAACCCCACAAGUUCGCUUCUGUUCACAAAGUCUUUGGUGCUAGUAACGUCUCCAAGAUGCUCAUGGAGGUGCCUGAGAUCCAGAGAACGGAUGCAGCAAACAGUCUAGUUUACGAGGCAAAUGUAAGGCUAAGAGAUCCAAUCUAUGGGUGUAUGGGCGCAAUUUCAGCUUUGCAACAGCAAGUUCAAGCAUUAGAAGCUGAGCUUAAUGCAGUAAGGACUGAGAUACUUAAAUACAAAUAUAGGGAAGCAAAUAAUAUCAUUAAUCCUUCAAAUUCUUAUCUGACUUUACUUUCUUCUGGGGCUGUCUCUGUUGCCACCCUUACCAUGCCACCAGCACAAACACCUCCACCUCCACCUCCACCUCUUACUUCCUCCUCCAAUUCUUCUUCUUCUUCUUUGUACACCCAACAACCAAGCAGUGGCACAGUAGACUUUGGCACUAUUUCAAAUGAAAAUGUUUCCUUCCUUGGUUAAUUUUAUUCCAUCUGUUAGCUAAUAAAGGGAAACCAAUUAUUUUUCUAUGUUAUGCAUCGACUGGAAUAAGAUGAGGAAGGAAAUUUUAUUAAUUAAUAUUUGAUUUUGGGUAGUUGGGAUCUUUUGAGUAUGUAUUAUAAUAAAUUAAUAAUGUCUAGAUUUAUGAUUGAAGUCUUCAUACAUAAAUACAAUAUAUUAUGUGUGUGUGUCUAUAUAUAUGUCUCUCUAAUUAUUGUUACUGGGUUGACAUCUUUUUCACUUAAUUUUCAUUGGUCUUUCUUGGGCGAGGGCGAAUUUAUUCAUUU